AUGCCAGAUGUUACUGUCACCGAUGGCGAAGAGAGUACGGUUGUAUGCUUUGGUAUGAUCAAGGAUUUGCAUGCCGAGGUACAAUCAUCUCACGUCUCAGACGCUCUUACUGGCUGCGUAUCUAUGGGCUUUUCACCACCCAACCAAUUAAUCUAUAGAGAGGCUUGUAUUGGGCACUUCGACGACAGAAGCGCGGAAAUACUUUGUGUUAUCUGUGAAGAUCCUCUGGUUGAGUUGCAGUUAAUGCUGACACGCGUAAAGCGUCCUCAUCGGCGAGGGAGUCUACCAUCAAUAUCAGCUAUCCUGUAUGGCCCCAAAUGGCUUUCCGAGGAUAUAGGUGCUUUUUGUCAGGACUCUGAGAUCUAUUUGCAGGAUCCCCUGGGCUGUGAUCGAGACGUACUAUACUGCAACCCUCACCGAAUUUCCUCAGACCAGGGUGUUUGCUGUACAACGUUCGAGCUAGAGAGAGCCAGUACUGACGUAGUCGUGACAAAUAUACAUAUUGCAGAUGCACUGGAUGUUCUCAGUGCCCCGAGAACGCUAGGUGAAGUGGAAACACCCCGCUGGUUGAAGACCAAACUGUUGCUGCAUCAGCGACAGGCCUUGUUCUUCAUGAUCAAGCGGGAGAUGGGAUGGGCUCUCGAAGAUGGAUCUUGUGAUGUGUGGACGAAGCUCACUCGCGACACAUCUGCUUUAUAUCGCAACAAUAUCACUGGUGAUGUGCGAACAGACCAGCCUUGUUCCUUCAAGGGUGGCAUACUGGCGGAUACGAUGGGGCUAGGGAAGUCUCUCAGCAUGAUUGCGUUACUCGCACAUGGCAUUGACUCAUUGAACGAGGGGGGGAUGUUUACCAGACCAACUUUUACAAGUCAUCGCGAUGUCGAUACGACGUUACUUGUUGUCCCACCAUCUCUGGAAACGGAGUGGAGGGAACAUUCGUCUUCAGCAUCGUCACCUCUCUUCUCCAUCAAUUGGCGGCGCAUCAUUCUAGAUGAAGCACACUACAUCAGCAACCACCAAAGCAAUACAUGCAAAGCUAUAUGUAGUCUUGAGGCUCAGGCGCGUUGGGCUGUGACUGGCACGCCGCUGCAAAAUAGGCUCGGAGACGUUGCGACGUUAUGCCAAUUUCUACGUGUUUAUCCAUACGACGAUCGAGAGACAUUCAACAAAGACAUUAUCGACCCUUGGAAGGCCGGUGAUAACAACACUGCUAUCUCUCGGCUGAAGCGGCUUCUUCAGUGUAUUCUCCUGCGGCGCAGCAAGGGAUCUGUUCAGUUGCCGGAAAGGACCGACCUGAGACAUACGCUGCAGCUCAGCGAAGAAGAGCGGCAGCAUUACGCAAUAGCAGAGAACAACGUUGCGAGAUCGAUCGAUGCGGUGCUAGGCGCAAACACCAACACGGCUUUCAACGUCACUAGUAUCAUUCAACAGAUCAACGAGCUUCGCCUGAUCUGUGAUCUCGGCAUCUAUCGCAAACCACCAAAGCCAGUUUUAUUGGCCGAAAACAACACUUGGAAUACACGUGUAGCUCAGAGAGCUUUGAACGCUCUCACAGCGACGAGUGGUAUAUGUUGCAAAAGUUGCGGCGAGAUACAGGAUGGUACAAGAUACGACAACAGCUUCGGUACAAACCUUUACACAACCCGACUUUGGCUAUUCUCCUGCUUCAGCAUCGCCUGUGAGAGUUGCAUGGCACAGAAUCCGUCGACUCGCUGUAGCUGCGUGCGUCAAUGUCCUGUUGCUCUUGUCACACAUGCGCCUGGGACGAUGGAUUCGGGAGCCUCAUCUCCUGUCGAGUGGCCUUCUGACUCAGAAGAAGUCUUACCCACCAAGGUCAACGCACUCGUCGAUGAUCUGCUCAAACAAACGCCAGGAACUAAAAGCAUCGUCUUCACAUUCUGGUCGUCAACGCUGGACCUCAUCGAGAAAGGAUUGUCGAGGGCUUCAAUCACUUUUACACGCUACGACGGUAACACGACGCCCACCAAUCGGUCUGUAGCAUUGAAUAACUUUCGUCGAAAUCCAAACAUCUCCAUCAUCCUCAUGACCAUUUCAUGUGCUGCUGUCGGACUGAACAUUACUGCUGCAACACGCGCCUACAUCAUGGAGCCUCAGUGGAAUCCUACGGUUGAAGAGCAGGCAUUAGCGCGCGUGCACCGUAUGGGUCAGACGAAAGAGGUGACCACAAUUCGUUACGUCAUGGCUGACACUUUCGAAGAGAGGGUCAUAGAAACGCAGCAGCGAAAAAGGGAGCUUGCGGAGCUGUUGCUAUCGACUGAGCCACAUGCAGAAUCGGAACAUAGCCUUGAUCGACUACGCAUAUACAACCAAUUUAAAGAUGCUCCUAGCGACUACGAUAACCUUAAACGACAUGUACAACAACUGAGCGCCGCGACAGAAGACACAGCAGCCUGGCUUGUAAAAGCUGAGAAAGAUGAAGAGAUUCCCCAAAGCCGCCUGAGAUUGAAUUCGUUGAAAUCGAUGCAUGGUGUAUGCAACUGUACUCUGGAUGAGGUUGUAGAUUUUCUCCACAACCACAUAAACGUCAAGGCAGCGCAUGGCGCACUAAAAUAUAUCGCAAAACUUAGAUUCAUCUCAGAUGAUGCAGAAAAACUCGCGAAGAAGUUACAGAGCGAUGCUUCCCUCUUGAACCUGCGGCUGUCAAGUAUCCAGUGCUUAUCGGUAAUGGAGAUUAAGACUGGGCUGAAGGUUCUUACAGAGGAGUACCGAAGAGGCAAACGAGAACCGAGCGUCAUCUCGCGCGCUAUCACUGACCAUCAGCCUGCGGAGAAGGCAGAGAUGUUUGAACAGAUUAGUCAGGACCUGUUAGACAAGGAGGUACACCCCGAGUGUAUCAAUCUCAACAAGCCUUACUUGGACGAAUGGCUGUCAAAAGUCAUUGAAGAGGGCGGCUUAGAUGAAGAGGACCCACCAACAUCCCAGCAGCUAGAAGUGCCACCCACCACCACAAUAAAGGUUAUGAAUCCAUCCGCAGAACCGCUUACUAGUUCUCCCAUCGAUAUGAAUGCCGCUGAACAUAGUGGCUGUUCAUUCACGUCCCCAGAGACUCAGCCUGCUAUGGUUGACGACGCAAAAAUCGCUCCGACCUUUCCCAAUGACAACAAAGAACCUUAUGAAGACCUGGAAAAGGAGCCCGUUGUCCUCGACGAUAGUAUAACUGUACGGAACGGAGGUAGCGUGCGAGAAGAGCCACGCCCUCGCUCCAAUAGCACUACCUCAAGUGCUAGUAAGCCGGACGACUGGCAUCCUUACGACCGGCCUGAGCCGACAUAUGUCCGGAACAAACUACAGCCUCUCUUGAUCGCCGAACCAACACCAGAUCCGUUGUCUGCAGAUUCUAUGCACGCUGUCAUGCGAGCUUUCCAUCAAGCUGACUACCGCGACGAAGGUUUCCUUACGCGACAUACGGUACUGCUCCAUUUGCGGGACGUAUUGAAGGAUGCUCCAUGGAUAACCUACUCAGAUGACUUCGAAAGCAUGGUCCUGCGAUUUGAUGUUAACCACGAUGGAUACUUUGGUAAGAACGAGUUCCUGUCUCUCAUCCAGAACUUGAUGAGAUAUACAUCGCAAGCAAGAGAAACUCGGAUCGCAAACGACUUCGCGGCUGUGGUAGGCCAAGCAAGAGCCGACUGGGUAGACAGAAGAGCAGCGGCGCCCUUACCUUUUCUACAUUGGGGUUUCGCAAAAGCGCCUGGAGGUAAAGAAGGUUACUUCGAUACAAUCCUUCAAAAUCCUGUCAAGGAUGCGCCGUAUGAUACAUGUCUAUCGGCCUUCAGCCAUCUCGCAUGGGAGGCGAAAGAGUGCGUUAGCAGGAUCAGCGAUUUCGAGACAGAGUGGAUCGGCAAGGUGCCGAAGACUUUACAAGAUGAGUAUCUCGUUCCACUUCGGAGAGUCCAGCGGGUCGCAAUAGCUUUCACCCUUCUCGAGAAUAAGUCGUCACCUCACGAACGCUCCGACCUGGAUAAGUUUCUUGACUGCUCUCGUCUUUCUGCUUAUUUACAUGACGUAACAGACGACCCGGAAAUUGAUCGAACGUCGUCUCUCCUUGUUGCGGCCAAAGGCAUAUGCAAAAUCAUCCUUGACAACGUUCUCGGCUUUACAUUCACGCUGAAAAGCGCGGAGAAGCUAAGAACAUCGAAUUACAAUAAUUUCGGCGAGUUCAAAUCUUGGUGGGAUCGCAAUCGAAUGACUUGGCGAUCGAACAAGAUCGUUAUUGAGUCGGCAAAAUGGAACGUUGUCGAGGAUGCUGUCAACCAAUACAGUAAGGCGGGGAUCAAUAAACUUGUCGUCAUCCGAGCCCACAAAUUCAUAACGAUAUUCAGAAGACGCGAAAUCGAGAAAGCAAUGCGGCGAAAGCAGAGGUUCACUGAAGAGACGCCAUGGGAAGGUCACAUCGAACAAGCGGCCAUAUCCGGUUUGAACCAAAACUGGAUCAGCAAGACGAUUGGUAUGUGGUACGCUCAUGUUGCAGGCACAAAAGCUCAUCUCGCAGGCCCCAGCAAGAUCUUCUUGAAGAUCUCCAUCUACGAUGAUCAAACGUUGUAUCAUGCGAAUCGAGAAAUGUUCACUAUACCUCAGAAGCGUGCAGCGGAGCACAGUUGGCGUUUGGGGCCGGAAUCGAAUAUACGACUACUACCCGCAUCCUGUGUUGAGGUCUCUGUGUUGACCUUAGACCUCAAAAGACCAGGUGGAAGAGCAGAUGGGACGCUCAUGUACAGAUCUGGCGCAAUUACGAUAUCUCGCUUAAACUUCAUGGCUAGGACUGCGGAUGUUGGUGUUCGCCGCAUCACCGGCACAUUAUAUCCAGUCCAAGGUUCCUUUUCCGAUAUCGACUACGAGAAGAAGUCGGCGUGUGCUUUUGAUAUCGAAAUACACAUGAAGGACAGUCCUGAAUUCAUGGAGAGAAUCAACUCGCUCGAGGCGAAAGAUUGGCGCCCCCUGCUGCUCGAGGAUCUACCGGGUGAUACUGAUCCUAAGGAGUAUCACGUGUAUACUGAUCCUGAGGAGUAUCACAUGUAUAUUGACGCUUAUCGUGACAAGGUUUUGAAGAAGCGUAUAGACAGCGUUGGCAACGGGACGUAA